CAGUCAGAGGUCAGUUUAAAACUUUUACAUCUGCUACACGCUCAACUAAUCCGAAAAUGGGCACUACAUUGUUCUUUGGCGGGUAUUUUUAAAAAUCGAUAACAGCGCCACUGUUCUCUUCACAUUGAACUAUCAGAGCAAGCAUCAAACAAACCUUUUACGGAUCAGACAAUUGAUUCGAGGGGCGGUCGCUAGUAUCCGAAACUGAAAAAAUCCACAAUAUGACUAAAGUGUAAUUUUUCUGGAAUUGGGAGCUCAUCCUGUGGCACGUCGUAAUGUUUGUGUGUAGGUUUUGUGCAUUUUGGUGAUCAAAAACUUGAAAAAUUUGAAAGUGGGCAAAGCGACCAACCACCCGAAAUUGAUGGACUCGUCCAAACAAGCUCGGAGAUUUGAAGCAGCCAGUCAGUCGACAAUCGGUCAUCGUUUCGGGUGGUUCGGAACAGAAUGUGUCAGAAUUUUCUUUUGAUGAAUUCUAGUGUUUUCCAAUUAUUUCCCAGUGAAAUCAGCGCGGAUCGGUUGCAAUUGUACGGUGCAUCCCCGGCACCAGUCCGCACGGAAGCGCUUUCCGCGAAAGAGGCUUUUGUAAGCAUUUCCCAUGGUUUUUCCGCGAUUUCGGCGUCGGCGUUCCAAAAUUAGCCUCCGUCGCGGGGGCCGGCACUCUCCCUCCGUGGAAAUUUCGUCGGCCUGGCAACGCUUUUCCGCCGAAAAUCUGCCGACCUUUCGCCGCCUCGAUGUAAUUUGAAAUGAAACGGCUUCGAGUGGAUGAGACGCUGAAAGAAGGAAGUGUGUCUCCAGCGACAGCUGCUCUCUACAGCGUUAAUCAGCAGCAGCACCAGCAGCAGCAAUCAACGACGACCUCGUCGUCGUCAACAUUGUCCUACUCGAGUGCUAGUAACGUAAAAGUGGUCAGUGAAGGAAUGCAGUCGGGACUUUAUCCGCCGCCUCCGGUGAGUUACGGCGCGAUGCCAACGGCGACUGCGCCCCACUCCGGCAAAGCUUCCGCAGCAAUGCAACCUUUAUCCGUCGGUGGCGGCGGCGGCGGCGGCGGUGGUGGUGGCGGCGGCGGCCAUACUCAAUUACGCACCAGUGCCGGUUCAUCACCACCCACCGCCCCUCCUAUCCAAGAAAUGCAACAGCAAUCUCAACAACAAUCACCUGGCAGCAACUUCCAACGUUUAAAAGUCGAAGACGCCCUCUCCUAUCUCGACCUGGUCAAAUAUAAAUUCGGUUCCAAGCCUCAAGUGUACAACGACUUUUUGGACAUUAUGAAAGAGUUUAAGAGUCAAAGUAUUGACACCCCAGGUGUUAUCCAACGCGUAUCAAACUUAUUCAAAGGUUUUCCCGAUCUGAUUGUUGGUUUUAAUACGUUUUUACCGCCCGGUUAUAAGAUUGAAGUACAGAAAAGUGAUCAGGGAUAUGCAUUUCAAGUCUCUGUGAGUAUGCCAAGUCCGACGGGAAAUAUGCCCUCUGAUCCUCAACAACAGAAGAUGAUUAUGAGGGGUUCCGGAACGAUCAACAUGUCGAAUUCGGCGUCGGUGUUGAACACGCUACCACCAUGUCAGCCACUAUCGUUGACGCAGCACAUACCUACGGUUCAGGCUCAAACGGCCGCACCGGCAAUACCACCACCCCCAGUGCCUGUACAUCAUUCAACGUCAAGUUACGGCACUGGAGCGCCGACCUACAACAACUCGUCGAUGACACUGGCGGCGGCGCAAGUCGCCGUGAGUCAAGCGCUGCAAGGACACACGGAUACGCCGCAGAAUCAGCCGGUGCAAUUCAAUCAUGCCAUUAAUUACGUUAAUAAGAUUAAGAAUCGAUUCCAAGACCAGCCAGAAAAAUACAAACGAUUCUUGGACAUUUUACAUAUAUACCAAAAAGAGCAGCGCACAAUGAAAGAAUCUUCAGGCGGUGGUUCGGGUGGCAAACACUUAACCGAACAAGAAGUCUACAGUCAAGUAGCAAAACUUUUUGAAAAUCAGAGCGAUCUUUUGGCUGAAUUUGGUCAAUUCUUACCUGAUGCAACGAGUCAUAUUAAUCCGGCACCGAUUUCGGAUCAUUCCGUCGUCAAAAAACCACCAACUAAACAACCUUACAGAGAGAAUAUCAUGGAUAGACCUUCACACAAGCCGAGUCAUCAUAUUUCGGGACAAUUGAAACGUUCACCUACUUAUACUCCAAUGAUGCAUAGAGAUGCACCACCGCCGAAAAAACAUAAAAUGUCAUCAUGUCGGGAUGUGACAUUAGCCGAGGCGGGAAAAUAUGGGACAUUAAACGAUUAUGCCUUUUUUGAUAAGGUGCGAAAAGCGGUACGCACCCAAGAAGUCUACAAUAAUUUCCUGCGCUGUUUGAUACUCUUCAAUCAGGAGAUAAUCUCAAAAAGUGAAUUAAUAAUGGUCGUGACUCCAUUUUUGGGUAAAUUCCCCGAAUUGAUGCGAUGGUUUCGUGAAUUUCUUGGUCAGAACGAAGUUGAACCGAUGCCUUACAACGCCACACGAACUGAACGACCGCAAGGCGAAACAGCACUUGAAAUCGAUCUGACCACUGCGAAACGUCUAGGUGCGAGUUAUUGCGUCAUUCCACCGUCACAGGAAGGUCUCACUUGUUCGGGUCGAACUCAGUUGUGCAAGGAAGUUUUGAAUGACCAAUGGGUGUCAUUUCCAACGUGGUCGGAAGAUAGUACCUUUGUUAGUUCGCGAAAGACACAAUAUGAAGAGUACAUGUACAGGUGUGAAGAUGAAAGGUUCGAGCUGGACGUUGUGAUCGAAACCAACGCUUCAACAAUUCGUGUUCUCGAAGGUGUAAACAAGAAAAUGAGUCGUAUGAAUGCAGAAGACGUUGCCAAAUAUCGUCUGGACGACUGUCUUGGUGGUUCAUCUCCUACAUUGCAUCAACGCGCCUUGAAACGAAUCUACGGUGAUAAAGCACAAGAUAUAAUUGAUGGCCUGAAACGAAAUCCUCAAACUGCUGUUCCGGUCGUUUUGCGACGACUCAAAGCGAAAGAAGAGGAAUGGAGAGAAGCUCAAAAAGGUUUUAAUAAGAUAUGGAGGGAACAGAACGAAAAAUACUACUUAAAGAGUUUGGAUCAUCAAGGGAUCAAUUUCAAACAGACUGAUGUUAAAGCGUUGCGAUCAAAGAGUUUGUUUAAUGAAAUCGAGACGUUGUUUGAUGAAAGACACGAACAGAAUGAAGAAGGUGCCGAGCCAGUGGUUGGACCACAUUUAGUAUUGCCCUACAAGGAUAGGACGAUUUUGGAUGAUGCUGCGAAUCUAUUGAUUCAUCAUGUUAAAAGACAGACCGGAAUACAGAAAGGGGAGAAGAGGAGAAUUAAGCAUUUAUUGAGACAAUUUUUGCCAGAGUUGUUUUUCCAUCCGAAGCAGCAGUUGACGGACGACGAACGUGAUGACGAUGAAAAAGAGGAUGGUGACGACAGCCCGAUAAGCAGUCCCACUGGGAACAACUCUAAAGGUAAAAGCGAAUCAAGUCCAGGAAAAUCUCCCGGAAGAUUGGACGGAGAAGUUGAAGUAAAAACAGAUCCUGAUUGUAAAGACGAAGACAUCAAAGUUCCUUUACAUGCUCAAGUUUCAGAUCCGGAUGAAGCUUAUACUCUAUUCAUGGCCAAUAAUAAUUGGUACAUAUUCCUUCGCCUUCAUGCUGUUUUAUGCGAACGUUUGGCGAAAAUCUACGAACGUGCUGUAAUUCUGGCAGCUGAAGAAGCAAAAUCUCGAACAGGUCGUAAAGAAAGUACAGCCGUUGCACUUCGAUUGAAACCAAAGCCUCAGAUUGAAGUUGAAGAUUAUUACGUUGCAUUUUUGGAUAUGGUUAAAAAUCUCUUGGAUGGUAAUAUGGACGCUAAUACUUACGAAGAUACUCUUCGAGAAAUGUUCGGUAUUCAUGCUUAUAUUGCGUUCACUUUGGAUAAAGUGGUUUCGUAUGCGGUUCGUCAACUUCAGCACUGUGUGACUGAACGAACUGCAAUUGCUUGCACUGAUUUAUUUGUCAAGGAACAAAAACGUGGAGCUACCGGAGGAUCAUGUUCUACAGCGCACAAAAGAGCUCAUCUAGAGAUGGCGUAUCAAAGGCUAGGCGAAAAAGCUGUACAAGACGAGAAUUGUUUCAAGAUCUAUAUCUAUAAGAAGGAUUGUAGGAUGACUAUUGAGUUGCUUGAUACGGAUUCAGAGGAUCCGAAAAAGGUUGAAGAUACGAAAAAGUGGAGUUCGUAUAAAGAGUGUUACGCGGAUAUAACACAUGUGGACAAUAAACCGCGUUCGCCGGUCUAUUUAAAUCGGAAUUUAAGGUUGUAUAAAAAACGUAUGGGGCUUCAUAAUAAAACGUCAUCGGUGGUGGAAAAAAAGAAUAAACAACAAAGGGAAGAGAACGACGAACAAAAGAAGAAUCAAGAUGAAGAGAACAAAAAGACAAAUAGGGCAACGACCGACGAAGCGGACAAUAAAUUUGCAAUGUUGGAGGAGUUGGAGAGGAAGUUUAGCGAAUGUCCUUUGCCUGAAAGAAAUCAAACGGAACAUCCGGGAUAUGAAGUUUCGGAUGAAACGCAAUGUAAAUUUAAUUCACAGGAUCCGAAAAUUAUGUUUACGGUUAACAAGGAUAGUUACUUGUAUAAAAUAAGUGCCUUUUCGAGAGCGAGAAAGAGUCAUCCUGCGAUAACGAAACGCUUGUCAUGUAAAUUUCGCGCGUGGCUGAAACAUUGGGCAAGUGAGAACGUUAGUGACGUGCAACAUAAACAGUGUACCGAUUGGUUGAUGGGUCGCGGCGAAAAUGUCGUACCUAACCGAACACGGGUGCUAACAGACAAUGAUCUUUCACGAACUCCUUAUGUACCAUACAACAGAUACAGAGUCGAAAGGCUGAACGAAGAUGUUACUGCUACGUGAUGUUGACGAUGAAUCAAUCAAUAAAUUAGCAUUCAUAUAUUUCUCUUCCUGAAA